AUGCCUGUCUUUAAUUUCCUUUCCUGGUUAAGAGAAGGAGUGACUGUCUUGACAAGUGCAGCGAACAAAUUGGAGAAACUUUUCACCGCAAACCUUUUCAGGAGUGCUCUCAACAGACGAAAAAAAUUAUCCACCUCUCUCUCUCUUUCUUUCUCUCUCUCUCUCUCUCUCUCUCUUUCUCUCUUUCUCUCUCUCUCUUUCUCUCUCUCUCUCUUUUUCUUUCUCUCUCUCUCUCUCUUUCUCUCUCUCUUUCUCUCUCUCUCUCUCUUUCUCUCUCUCUCUUUCUCUCUUUCUCUCUCUCUUUCUCUCUCUCUCUUUCUCUCUCUCUCUCUCUUUCUCUUUCUCUCUCAGGCGGGAUGCACCAAAAUAUGUCUCCUCUUGGCGAUAAUCUCGCAACUUCACGCAGCUGUUUAUCAUCAACCCGAGAACUUAGACGCUACCAGCUGCGAACAACAUGACAACCGUCCUCAGGCCAAUAAAGAAAUCUGUCCGUUAAAACCCGGUGAGAACAGUAACGUCUACCUAGAGAUUGUCGAUGGGAAAGGGUGGGUGACAAGGGAAUGCCCCGGGGACACUUUAUUCAGUGAAACCGAAUGUCGGUGCGUUUCUCUGAAGCCUUGUCGUGAGAGCAACGAAGUAGAAGAGGAAAGCGAAACAAUCGAACCAGCCAAACGUUGUGAUUUUAAAGCCUCUGAAGAUAUAUACUCCUAUAAGGAAUAUGUGGAGUACCUUGGCUGGAUAAGGAGGUUGUGCCCCAAAGGUACGGCUUUCAGCACAGCCGAAUGCGCUUGUUCUAUUUUAACCGCUGAAGAAGAGAGCAACGAAGGGGGUGAAGAGAUUGGACAGGGCAAUGCAGACAGUAGUCGAAGUGAAAGUAAAGAAGACAUUGGUGACCGACAUGAGUCUAUUUGCCAUCAAAAGCCUGGCCCGAGUGAAUCGUCAUAUAAAGAAUUCAUCAAUGGUCUGGGUUGGGUGAAGCGAAACUGCCCCCCAGGGACUACGUUCAGUGUCAGCGAUUGUAUGUGUUCCACUCUGGUUCAGCGGAAAUAUGAAUACGAUAGCAGCAGCAGUAAAAUCAGCGGUAGCAGCAGCAAGAGUAGCAGCGUUUACAGCAACGGUAGCAGCAUCGAAAGUAGCAGCAGUAGCAGCAGUGAAAGUAGCAGCGGUAGCAGCUGUGAAAACAGUAGUGGAAGUAGCAACGGUAACAGCAGCGAAAGUAGCAGCGGUAAAAGCAGCCAAAGUAGCAGUGGUAGCAGCGGUAAAAGCAGCCAAAGUAGCAGCGGUAGCAGCAGCGGAGGUAGCAGCAGUAGCAGCGGUAGCAGUAAUGAAACCAGCAGCGAAAGUAGCAACGGUAGCAGCAGUGAAAGUAGCAGCGGUGGCAGCAGCGAAAGUAGCAGCGGUAGCAGCAGCGAAAGUAGCAGCGGUAGCAGCAGUGAAAGUAGCAGCGGUAGCAGCAGCGAAAGUAGCAGCGGUAGCAUCAGUGAAAGUAGCAGCGGUAGCAGCAGCGAAAGUAGCAGCGGUAGCAGCAGCGAAAGUAGCAGCGGUAGCAGCAGCGGAAGUAGCAGCGGAAGUAGCAGCAGUAGCAGUAGCGAAACCAGCAGCGAAAGUAGCAACGGUAGCAGUAGUGAAAAUAGCAGCGGUAGCAGCAGCGAAAGUAGCAGCGGUAGCAGCAACGAAAGUAGCAGCGGUAGCAGCAGCCGUAGCAGCAGCGGAAGUAGCAGCAAAAGCGGGGAAACUGAAAGCGAAAUCGAUGCAGACAAUGACUCAAAGUUAUGCCCGAAGAAGCCAACCAAAAACAGAAUGGUCUACUUGCAAAGAAACGAUAAAAGAACCUGGGUGAGACGAGUCUGUCCCGUGGGCACUGAAUUCUGUGCUCAGACCUGUGGCUGCACUUGGGUGACAGAAGAUUUGCACAGUACCGGCAGUGAGGAAAAAGACGGAAGCAGCGAUUUGUCGGAACGCGCCGAGUGCAGCAAGAAAAAUGGAGUGAACAGUAAAACUUACCGCGAGUUGAUUGAAGGUCAGGGGUGGAUUAUCCGCUCCUGCCCACUUGGUACCGAAUUCAGUGAGUACCGAUGCGAGUGUGUCAUGUCUCUGAAUGUCGACGACGAAUCCCACUCCACAGAGCGCAACAGCAACGAGCAACAAACGAAGGAACUUUUUAAAACUGAUACUUGCAACAAGAAAGCAAGUCUAGGCAGACGUUCUUACACUCAACUGACCGAAAGCGGCAUAAGGGUGAAAAAGUCUUGUCCCAAAGGAACUUCUUUCUGUGUAGAGGCAUGCGCAUGCAUAACAGACCGCGAUUGGGAAGGCCCAAACAGCAAAGACGUCGAAAACAGCAUAAAAUCGAACCGAUUAAUGUGCUCAAAAAUAGCUGGAUGGAACAGUCAGUUUUACUACCAGAUAAUCAGCGGCCAGCGUUGGGUUAGACGUUACUGUUCCAAGGGCACUGAAUUCAGCGCAAAGCACUGUGGUUGCGUGCUACUUGGGAAACAAGAUCCGGCUUCUGAUGACGACAGUAAUUUUAGCAGUAGCACAGAAAAUUGCGACAAAAGGCCUGAUUAUGAUAACAAUUUCUAUAUGCAGAAUAUCUUAGGACAAGGCUGGGUGAAACGAGCCUGUCCCCCAGGAACUGUUUUUAACACAAGACAUUGCAGUUGCAUGGUCUACAUUCGACAAAGAGAAAGUAUAUCUACGACGCCCAGUAGCGAGCAGGCCGUUAAAGAACUCAGUGAAGAGAGCAGAGAGUCCAUCUCAAAAGAUAUCCGUUGUCAGCUGAAACCUAGCGAGAAGAAAGAUAUGUUUUUUCAAUUCGUCAACGGCAGGGGAUAUGUUUUACGGGCUUGUCCUAGAGUCCAUCAGAGGACGAAACGCGUCGAUAAAGAAACGCGUCUCUCUCUCUCUCUCUCUCUCUCUCUCUCUCUCUCUCUCUCUCUCUCUUAUGCAAAGUUUUGUUUCAGUGGGCGAUAUCUUUUCUUUCUUUACACACUUUUCUUCCAUAUCACCAUCGCUAUCAGUCUUUCCGAGUACGAAUGUGGAACAGUCGCAUGUCUCCUGGUUGAAAGCAGUUCCUUUAGCACAGGCGAACUUCACUCGUCCCUGGCCUUCGACCGUUUGCCAAAAGAACCUGUGAUCAUCGUCUGCCUCCAAAGGACAAGGCUCUGA